GUCCCCCCUCACCGGCGACGCAGCGACGACGCCGAGCCGAGGAGGCUAUCCCCUCCCAUUGCCGUGAGUGAGAUCCUCGCCGCGCAGCUGGUCGCCGGCCGCGUCUCCCUCCCGAGCUCGGAGCCCCCGCCGCCGGCCUGCGACGAGUGUCGGUGACCCUCGGGUUCCGCGGGGAAGCGAGGUUCGCGUUCGCUGCCCGACGCGAUGAGCGCCUCCGCCACCCUGACCCCCGCAGCGGCAGGGAAAUCCUUCACGGGGUUCACCAAGCUGUGCAAGGGCCUCGCCAUCAUCCUGUUCCUCGCCCACAUUUUGGUCCGGCUCUUCCCUUCGGCCGCCAGCUACCUCGCGCUGAUACCGGCCAGGGCGAUCCCAUUUGCUUGGAACCUGGUAACUGCUGGUUAUGUUGAACAAACAAUUCCAGGGGUGAUUGUCAGCAUAGUUGGUCUUCUUCUGUUUGGGAAGGUGUUGGAGCCUCUAUGGGGUGCUAAGGAGUUGCUCAAGUUCAUUUUUAUUGUUAACCUCUCAACUUCAGUGUGUGUCUUCGUAACUGCUAUUGUUUUGUACUACAUUACACAGGAGGAGAGCUACCUCUACACACCUCUUUCUGGAUUUUAUGGGGUUCUUUCAGGACUGCUGGUGGGCAUCAAACAAAUGUUACCUGAUCAGGAGCUUAAUCUUUUUGUGCUCAAGAUUAGUGCAAAGUGGAUUCCAUCUAUGGUUGCAUUUGUCUCAGUUGUUGUAAGCUUCUUCCUGAAGGAAUCAAUGGCAUAUCUUCCAACCAUAUUAUUUGGUAUCUAUGUGAGUUGGACUUACCUGCGAUACUUCCAAAAGAGACUAGAAGUAGGCCUAAGAGGAGACCCAAGUGACGAAUUUUCAUUUUCAAGCUUCUUCCCUGGAUUUUUGAGGCCAAUUUUGGACCCUAUAGCUUCUAUCUUCCACAAACUUUUCUGUGGGCGAUCUGCAAGAUCUGAAGGCACAGGCCAGGCACUGGAUGGCUCACAGCUCCCUGGUUCAGGCUCCAUUGAGGCAAACAGGAGGAGAGAAAGGGGUCAGAGAGCGCUGGAGCAGAGACUGGCAGAGAAGCUGGCCGCGGUCAGGAGCGCAGAGGGCAAGACCCCGCCAUCACCGCCGACGCAGCAGCUGGAGGAUGAUGCUUCUGAUAAAGUCUGAGCCCUCUUUUUCGGUUGGUGGAAUUCGAGUCUGCAUUGUGCAUUUGCUGAGUGUUUUUGCGCAUGCCGUCGUGUGAGCGAGACUCUGGAAAGGGGAGUAGCUCACAGGCAUGACAAGACUCAUGAGUAGUAGUGUAGCAAAGGGGGAGAGGUGCAAGAAGGCAAAUGCGAUGCGCAUGCGGGAGCCAAUCGUUGCAAGACAGCGAGCAGUUUUUGUUGUACCGGUGUUUCGUGUCCAGUUGUCAAGCCUUUUUUUACAGGAAAAAUACGUUCUCACGAUGACCCAGCUAAAUCGUUGGACACCUAGUUGUCAAGCCUUGCAAAACACUUUAUGUUUCAUGUGCGAUCUGACCGAAUGCUACGUGCCAAACAACCCUGUAUCUUGUGCUGUCUCGCCUAAUUCGGUAAUCUAUGUGUUGGGCGAUCCGGGCAGGAU